CAUAUAUCCAGGCAUGACAAUACAGUCAAUUUGCUGUUGCCUCAUUGUAGCCUGGAGGCAGCUGGUCAGUGGUAAGCUUUGGGGACCCGAGGAUCAGACGAGGCCUCUCUCUGUCCAUCGGAGCCUGGUCAGCCAGUCUUUCUGUGUCUGUCUCACCGUGCAACCAUGGACGCCAGCACCACCAAGCUCUUCCAGCCCACAACGGACCUCACCAUCACCCAGUUGAACCAGGAGUGUCUCCUCCACCUCCUCUCCUACCUGGAUAAAGACAGUUGUAGGUCUUUCUCCCUGACCUGCCAUCGGCUCAGAGAGGUCUACCUGGACCCCAGACUGUGGUCGCUGCUCUUGUUCCACUCCCCCUCUGAGCUGAGGAGAGAGAACUAUGUGUUAGGAUCGUCGCUACGCUAUCUGGCUGUCAGCUGGCACAGCUCCAGGGUCAAGGUCUGUAACAUAGAGGACUGGAUGAAGAAUCAGUUCCAGAAGGAUCUCUGUAGUAAACAUGAGAAUCUGGUCAGCAGCUUCCUAGAACGUGUCUGUACCAUGUGUCCUAACCUGCUGUCCCUGACCCUGUCUGGCUGCGGGCAUAUCUCAGACCAGGAAGUGAUCUGUGUUCUGCAGAGCUGCAGUCGCCUCCGCUCCCUCCAUCUGGAGAACUGUGUCCGGGUCACAGACCUGACCCUGCAGGCCCUGGUGCUCCAUGGGGCCGGCCUCCACCAGGUCACGGUGGACUUCUGCCGCAACGUUACCCAGGCAGGGCUGGAGAUGAUCCGAGAAAUACGGCCGGACAUUAGGCUGACCGCUGAGAGGAGCGCAGGGAUGAUUCCUGAUAGUAAACCGGACAAGAGGACACAGCUACCACUCAGACGGAGACUUAUGCAGAAGGGCCUAAUGUUCUCCUGAUGAGGCUGUGUCUCUAUGGGCCCUGGUUAAAAGGAGUGCACUACAUGGGUAAUAGGGAGCUAUUUAGGAAUAGAGUGCCAUUUGGGAGACAAACCUACUGCUGCAGAAGGUCCUGCAGUUGUCAUGAUGAGAGGUCAUGGUUGUGUCUCAAAUGGCACCUUAUUCCUUAUAUAGUGCACUGCUUUAGACCAGAACCCAAUAGGGACUGCUGAAGGUUCUUCCGUUAUCCUGAUGACCAGAACCCAAUGUGGACUGCUGAAGGUUCUUCCGUUAUCCUGAUGACCAGAACCCAAUAUGGACUGCAGAAGGUUCUUCAGUUAUCCUGAUGACCAGAACCCCAUAUGGACUGCUGAAGGUUCUUCCGUUAUCCUGAUGACCAGAACCCAAUAUGGACUGCAGAAGGUUCUUCAGUUAUCCUAAUGACCAGAACCCAAUAUGGACUGCAGAAGGUUCUUCAGUUCUCCUGAGGACCAUAGACUUAACCACAGACAUCUGCUUCUCAAAUAGCACCAUAUUCCCUAUAUAGUGCACUACAUUUGACAAGGGCCCAUUGAGCUCUGGUAAAUAGUACUGUAGGGAAUAUUUGGGAUACAGUCCAUAGUGUCACCACUAGGAGGCAGUGUUGAAAUGCCUAAAGGUGAAACGGGAGGGUCACUGUUGACUUGUUCUGGACUUCAGUCUUAUUGAUAGGAGUAAAAAUAGUUUAGGUUCUUAAUUAAAAGUGCCAAUUAUUAUAAUUAUUUUGACUUCAUACCGAUUUUUAUGUGAGGUGUUUUAUACUUUUUGUGUGGUUGGGUUUUAUACUGUGAUUUGAUGAUUUGUUUCCAUGUUUGUUUUAUUAAACACUAACUGUGGAUGACACAGUUGAGGUCCCUAACUGAAUGUAAGCCUGUCACUCCUCAAUGUUAUAUAAACUGAUUGAGUCAUUCACA